ACCAUGGAGCUUCUUGUAAAUGUAACAAAAUGGAUAGAAGAAAACAAAACUGCCUUUUUGCCACCUGUAUGCAAUAAGCUUAUGCAUCGCUAUCAACUGAAUGUGAUGUUUGUUGGAGGGCCAAAUGAAAGGAAGGAUUAUCAUAUUGAAGAAGGAGAAGAGCUUUUUUAUCAGGUUAAAGGAGAUAUGUGUUUAAAGAUAAUUGAAAACGGGAAACCAAAAGACAUUGUCAUCCGAGAAGGGGAGAUGUUUCUCCUACCUGCAAGGAUACCUCAUUCUCCUCAGAGAUAUGCAAGCACUGUGGGUCUUGUGGUUGAGAGAGAAAGGUUAAAGACAGAAAUUGAUGGGCUCAGGUACUAUGUUGGAGAAUCAACUGAUGUCCUCUUUGAAAAAUGGUUUCACUGUGAAGAUCUCGGCACUCAACUUAUACCAAUAAUUCAAGAGUUUUUCAAUUCGAGACAAUAUAAAACUGGAAAACCAGAUCCAGAUGAACUCCUGAAAGAAACACCUUUCCCACUAAAUCUCACUUCUGUGAUGGAGCCAUUUUCCUUCCAAGGCUGGCUAAAUGAUCACCGUGGUGAAAUAAAACAGAAGAAAUCCUUGAAUAUGUUUGGAAAUAACUUUGAAACAGAGGUUACAGCUUAUGGACCAGGAACAACUGAGAAAAGUAAAAAGAAUUCAGAUACCUGGAUAUGGCAGCUGGAGGGCACAUCGACUGUUAUUAUGGAUGGCAAAACCAUGACUCUGUCUGCUGGUGACAGCUUGCUUGUUCGUGCCCAGUCUGUGUACUGCUGGAAGAGGACAGAAGAAUGCAUUGCUCUCUGCAUUGCUCAGGAUCCAAAACGCAAGCAGCCUUAUACCUAGCUCCUCUGCCAGCUGACUUUGAUGAUAACUAAGUUUUAACCU